AUGACCCAGACGGCCCUGGAGCUGGACCACGAGGAGAACCUCCGGUACAGUGCCCGCCGGGCCAUCCACGCGGGGAUCUUCGGGCCCACGGCGGGGCCAAUGAAGGUUACCGACUAUCCUCCCGAGGGCCACGAGGGCAUCAAGGGCGGCAAGCUGCGCCCGCCCGCGGACACCCGGGACAGCGGCGGGGACCUGAGCGAGCUGAUCGAGGCCGAGGAGUCGGCGAUGCUGCGCGGCAAGUCCUUGAAGGAGCUGGCGAUCAGCCGCGGCAACACCCGGUUCCACGAGGUCCACGAGGACGAGGAGGACGAGGCGGGCGCUGGCGGCGCCGUCGGCGCGGGCAGCGGCGACGGGGACGCCGCCCUCGCGGCGGAGGCCGGGAGCCCAGAGGCCCAGCCCGCGAGCGGCGCCGAGAAGGCCGCCGCGCGGACGCCGGCGAAGACGCCGUCGGCGGCUGCACCGGCCGCGGGCGCCGAGAAG